UUUUACGAAAUUGGUAUCACCAGAUAUGCUGCAGAGUAACAUAGUAGAGAAAGAAACUCUACUGCCCGUAGAGGGGGAGGACGGAAGGGAUGGGAGACAUCGCUCUGGAAGGGGCUUCAUUCAUAAAUGCUUGGGGUCCCAAUCGCUCAACGAUUCCCAUCAUCAGGGCAAAGGCAUCAUGAGUUUAAUCAAAAAUUUCGAGGUGUAUGAUGGAAUGCCAGCGGAUAUGGUAGUCCAAGGUCAGACCAAAAGCAACCGAUCAUCAACCGCUGGAUCUUUGCCACGGAGUUUAUUACUAUACCAGCGAGUACUUAACUUGCCACUUAUUAUUUCCAACUGUUUAGUCAAGACUGGACUUACGUCCAUUAUCGAUGCCUUGGUAGCCCUAUUUAGCAUCACAAUAACAAUAAAACAG